GACUUCAAAAACAAUACAACUUUUCAUUCUCAUUUUUCUCUCAAACUUUAAUAUCUCUCCUCAAUUUCUUAUUUUGUUUCAUAUUUAAUUUUCUUUGUCACAAGAAUAUUUGUACCAACAUCAGCUUGAGUAAUUUUUUGCAUCAAGAGAGACCUCAGUUCUACAACCAGUCUUCUCUGACACAACAGAAAAGAAAAUAUCUUCAAGGUGUAGCAGCAUGGAAAAUCACAUAACACUUGAAAUCACAGAACAAGCUUCUCCAGAAAUUCCAUCACUAAUUAAGUAUAUAUCAACAAAUGAACUUGAUGGUUUUGAUGCAUUUGAAUCUCAAUUUCCCAGCCCAACUUCCAAAGAAACUGAGGAAGCAUCACCUACAAGCCAACAAGAUGAACCAUUAGUCAUCAAUCAUCAAAGAAAGCCUUCAAUUUCUAUAAGCAUGCCACUUUGUUAUGAAGAAACUCAACUUCAACCACAAAAUAACAACAACAAUGACAAGAAAGUUUUCUUUAGUGGAGAAACUGUUAUUAUCAAAGAUGAUUUUCCAUCUGGAAUUGCAAUGUCUGAGCCUCCAAGACAAUCAAAAUUUAAGUCUCAACCAAUGCCAAAAGGAGUUCCUUACCAAGAUGGUUCUCAAACUCAAAAGGCUAAUCAUAAUCAUAAUCAACCUGGAAUCAAGAUGUUUAGAGAUAAGACAUUCGACUCGUUUAAAACUUGGUCUGGUGGACUCGAGAGACAAUUAUCGAUUCUACGUGGAAAAGAACCGAUAGGAAAUACACAAGAUGGUAACAACACUCCAAGAAGCUUUGAUAGGCCUUUACCUGUUGAUAGGUAUUUUGAUGCAUUGGAAGGUCCAGAAUUAGAAACUCUUAAGUCAUCAGAAGAGAUAAUGCUACCUCAGGACAAACAAUGGCCGUUUCUUCUCCGGUUCCCCGUUUCAUCAUUCGGUAUAUGCCUCGGAGUUAGCAGCCAAGCAAUUCUUUGGAAAACCCUAGCCACAUCACCUUCGACUGAGUUUCUUCACAUAAGUCCCAAAAUAAACUUAAUCUUAUGGUACAUCUCCACAAUACUUAUAGCUACUGUUUUCGCUGUCUAUAUUCUCAAACUCCUUCUCUACUUUGAAGCAGUUCGUCGUGAGUACUACCAUCCGAUCCGUGUUAACUUCUUCUUUGCACCAUGGAUAGCUCUCUUGUUUUUAGCACUCGGAGUUCCUCCAUCCGUUACCAAAAACCUACAUCAAUCACUAUGGUACAUUCUAAUGGUACCGAUAUUUUUUCUCGAGCUUAAGAUUUACGGACAAUGGAUGUCCGGUGGACAAAGACGGCUUUCAAAGGUGGCAAACCCUUCGAAUCAUUUAUCGAUUGUUGGAAAUUUUGUCGGAGCAUUACUCGGUGCAUCAAUGGGACUAGUAGAAGGACCUAUCUUCUUCUUUGCUGUUGGACUUGCUCAUUACAUUGUGUUAUUUGUGACACUUUAUCAAAGACUUCCAACAAAUGAGACACUACCUAAAGAGCUACAUCCAGUGUUCUUUCUCUUUGUUGCAGCACCAAGUGUUGCUUCAAUGGCUUGGGCUAAGAUGCAAGGUUCCUUUGAUUAUGGAUCAAGAAUUGCUUACUUCAUUGCCUUGUUCCUUUAUUUCUCCUUGGCUGUAAGGAUCAAUUUCUUCAGAGGAUUCAAAUUUUCUCUUGCAUGGUGGGCCUAUACUUUUCCAAUGACUGGUGCAGCAAUUGCAACAAUAAGAUACUCAAAUCAAGUACCAAAUAUUGUCACAAAAUCAUUGUGUGUUGCAUUGGCUCUAAUCUCAACAUUCACAGUUAUGGCACUUCUUGUAUCAACAAUAUUGCAUGCAUUUGUCUUCAGAGACCUCUUCCCUAAUGACAUUGCUAUUGCCAUAAGUGAUAGAAAAAGAAAGACACAUAAAAAGUGGUUAGGGUUUAGAUAUGGAAGUCAAGACUCUAAAGAGAUUGAAAAUUACUUGAAGUUUGUGAACACUGAUGAUAUUUGUUUGGAAGAUUCUACCACACAACCGUCCUCGAGCGGCACCGAUCAGAAUUCUCCGAAUUAAGGAUAUUUGGUUGUAGGGUUUUAAGUAAGGGUCUGAGACGAUCUGGGCUAUGACAUCAAUGAUUUAAACGUCCUUGAUCGUAAUCGUGAUCGUAAUAAUAUUAUGUAGUAAAACAUGUGAGGAACAAAAGUAGGGGAGUGGUUUUGAUUGUUCCAAUGACCGUGUGUAGUAGGAUGAGUAGAUUUUUGUAGGAGCAGUUCCUUCUACAUUUGUAAAAUAAGUGAGGUGUUAAUUAUAUUUUAUUAAAUGAUUGUUAUCAUUGAGGCCAAAGAA